AUGAGGGGUGACGCGUUGUGUGCGUGCGCAAACUGCAAUGAUGCCAGCCUUGAAUGUCGUCGUUCACGAGCCAAGCGCCCAGCUCGCCCAGAGUUAUCGUCAGUAAAGACUUUGAUUGGUACCGAUAGGGAUUCCACACCCGGUGAAGGGGUAUUGAUUUUGGAACCGGCAGUUUCCCAGCCAAAUGAGUAUGCUGAAGGGACUUCGUAUCGCCUCGCUGCCUGGUUUAACGAUCUUCAUUGCAGUACCCUCGAAAGUCCCAGUUCGCUCCACUCUAAAUUUCGGGGACAUGAUGAUCCUCCAUUGAAGAAACCACGACUAGAUGCUGCCUCCACGAUAGGCGCUUCUCGGUCUCCUUGUGGGACUCGUCCUAUAACUCUCACCCCAGAGGACUCUACUCACCACGCAGAGCAGGCCAGAGCCGUAAUACAAGGAGAACUUGAUGGAAACCAGAGCAUGGACCGUGAACGGCAAUGGAUUCUAAGAUCUGCUUUGGAUUUUGUGAGUUCCAUGACCCAAGCCAGGGCUUCAAAGUCCGACGAGACUAUACCGGAAGUUUCUCGUGGUCACCAGAACGUGACUGAGUUGAUACCUCCAUCCCCGGAGCUGCUUUAUAUGCUUCUUCAAGAACCGACCGUUGUGGCCAGGAGUUCUAAUUUCAUACAAUGGCCCGAUCACAUCUCCGACAAAACGCUUGAAAAAAUGGCGGCAACGAUUCUUGGAAGCGACCACCAAGAUCAACUCUUCUAUCAGUAUUCCCUAUGCAUUUAUGUGAAAGCCAUCUUUCAUCUUUAUCCCAAGCCGAGAGCGUAUAAGAACCCGCGCAUCAAUGACCAAUUCUUGAAGUCAACAAAAGCAUAUGAAGCUUCUGCAUUAUAUGCUCUUCACCAUCUCAAUUUUCUUAAUCCUCCCAGUCUUCCCUUCAUUCAAUCAUUGGUAUCAGCUGCAUUUUUGAUGCAAUAUCUUGGUAGCAUGAGUCAGUGUUGGAUCUUGAACUCGUAUGCUGCUCGUUUGAUUGCCGCUUUAGGCUAUCACGAAAUUGGUGACUUGCAUGAAAACUCAGGGCUAGAUGAAGAGAUCAGCAGCUCUGUGAUCUGGUGUUAUUAUCUUGACCGCACAUUGAGCACACUCCUGUAUCGACCCUUAUCUUUACCAGAGCCUCAAAUGCCCCCGGCGAAGAUGAUAAGUGCACGCCCAUCUUUGCCACACAUUCCGUUGGUUCGAAUCUUGCUUGACUUGGCUCAAGUUCAAGGGGAGCUAUUAAGUUGCCACAAAAAUGCCGACACCCGCCAAAUAAUUGCCAACCAUUCAAAGCUUCAGGACAGAAUGGAAGUGAUACAUUCGAACUUACAACUUGUUAGUCUAAGCUCUCGAAGUCGAGACUCGGCACCUGGUUUGAUAUCAUCCGAUUGGAUCGCCGGUGAUUUUUGCUACUAUGCCAUUCUAGUCGAUAUAUUACGAUCGCGACUAAAAUUUGCUUUCUCCCCUUUGACCCACAGGGAGUGUCUGUCAUAUUCACGCAGGUCUCUGAGAGCAUUGCAUCACUUACAGAAGAACCUCGCAGAUACUCCAGGCUUUUCCGACCCAUAUCCCUCUUUUCUCUCUUGGACUGUUCUGCUAUACCCUCUGAGCCCUUUCUUCGUCCUCUUCUGCAACAUCAUUGGAGAGCUCGAUACAGGUGACUACAGUCUCAUACAAGAGAUCACUCAGAGCCUAUCUCAAUUUGCUUCAAGUCCUUACAUUGGAAAGCUACAUAAGCUGCUGGACACCUUGCAGAAUGUCUGCACGCCCUUGAUUCAAGCAAAGGAGCGUUUAGGAUCAAAAGCUAAAGUAGCUGCUUUAUAUCCCUCGAUGAGUGAAGCACGAGGAGGUCAACUUAAUCCUCUACACACCUUUGCGGAUGGGUCCUCUUGCACGGAGUCCGUUAUUGACCCAACUCCUCAGCUGCAGCUUCCAACUGGUGGAAACUAUCCUUCGGACGAUGAGUUGAUGUGGCAACUGUUCAAUAGCCAGCUAUCACUAGAAUGGUUUGAGUCAGAAAUGUUCUCGCAGGAGGCCCAUUUCAACGUUUCAUGA